AUGUCGCAACAACAGCCAAAAGACCAGUACUACAAGUACCACCCAUCUACUGCGCUCGCAGCGGUCACAACAGCCUUAUUCGCCUUAUCGUCUGCUCUUCACCUGUUUCAGUUGUUGCGCAAGAGAACGUGGUACUUCAUCCCGUUCUUCUGCGGAUGCAUUUUGGAGACUGUUGGGUAUGGCGCACGCGCGAUAAAUGCCUCCAAAACACCAGACUGGACCCUCGUGGCUUUUAUCAUUGAAACCCUCUUCGUACUUCUGGCCCCAGCUCUCCUGGCUGCGUCUAUCUACAUGGUUCUAGGUCGCAUUAUCAGCCUUCUUGGUGCUGGAGAUUUGGCGUGGGUGUCUCCUAAAUGGUUGACCAAGCUCUUCGUGGCCGGGGACGUCAUUUCCUUCAUCACACAGCUUGCUGGGGGCGGCAUUCUUGCUUCGGCGGACGACAAGAAAACCAACGACUUGGGCAAGUACGUUAUUCUUGUUGGUCUCGCCAUCCAGAUCAUCUUCUUUGGGUUCUUCUUUGUCGUCACGAUUGCGUUCCAUCGACGCUUCUCUCAAAGUCCGAGAAGCAUCAGCACGGAUCCAACCUUUCCUUGGCGGUUUUACAUCGUCAUCCUUUACGCCGUCUCGGCCCUUAUUCUAGUGAGAUCGGUUUUCAGGGUUGUCGAAUACGCUAUGGGAAAGGAUGGUGAGCUCAUGAGUAAGGAGCUUUACAUCUACAUUUUCGACGCCUUGCUCAUCUUCAUUUGCGUCGCCAUCUUCAACAUAUGGCACCCAAGCCGCGUUGUCUCGGCAAACAUAAAAACAGAGACUCACAGCGAGACGGAGAUGGGGGCUGUGUAA